UAAAGGGGGCGCAGGCGGCUGGGCGUUCCACAGGCCAAGUGCUCUGUGCUCGAGGGGUGCCGAAUAGGCCCGAGUGAGCCAGCGAGCAGUCAGGCAGCUCUGAGGGGGCGCGGCCGCAGCCGGACAGGACCAGCGAACCAGCCGUGGAAGCCGUCCACCACCAGACAGCCAGCACAGCAGAGAUGGAGCGCCUCGUCAGCGGUGAGACCUAUCCUGUACUGGUGCGCACUAGCGCCUGCCGUAGCCUCUUCGGGCCGGUGGACCAUGAGGAGCUGGGCCGCGAGCUGCAGAUGCGCCUGGCGGAGCUGAACGCGGAGGACCAGAACCGCUGGGACUUCAACUUCCAGCAGGACGUGCCGCUGCGGGGCCCUGGGCGCCUGCAGUGGACCGAGGUGGACAGCGAGUCCGUGCCUGCCUUCUACCGCGAGACGGUGCAGGUGGGGCGCUGUCGCCUGCUGCUGGCGCCCCGGCCCCCCCCGGUGGCCGUGGCUGUCAUCCCGUCCCCUGAGCCGCCGGCCACUGAGUCCGUCGACGGCCUCGAGGAGGCGCCUGAGUCACCUAGCGCCCCGGCGGCGGCGCCCACCCCGCCCCCAGCCCCGGCCCAGGUCCUGGACCCGGCCCCGGCCCCAGUCCCGGACCCGGACCCGGCACCAGCUCAGGCCACGGUCUCGGCCUCAGACCUGGCCUCUGACGCCGACCCGGACCCGGACGCGGCGCCCCAGGACGGCGCCGAGCCAGAGGAGAACCAGCGCAGCCAGGAGCCGCUCGCUGACCAGAUGCACGCGGGGAUUCCGGGACGUCCCGCGGCCGGCACCGCUGCAGCGGGAGCUAACAGCAGCGCGGCGAUCAAGAAGCUGUCGGGGCCUCUCAUCUCUGCAGAUUUCUUCGCCAAGCGCAAGAGAUCUGCGCCUGAGAAGUCGUCGGGCGAUGUCCCUGCGGGGUGUCCCUCUGCUAGCGCGGCUCCUGGGGUGGGCGCCGUGGAGCAGACCCCGCGCAAGCGUCUGCGAUGAGUUAGUUUAGAGCCCUGAGAAUUCCUGGGCGGCGGAUGUUGGAAGACAGCUGGGCCUCGGCUGGGACCGUACAUGUAGCAGCAACCGGCGGCGGCUGCCGCAGAGCAGCGAUUGGCUUCGUGUUUAAAAAUCUGAAACGUGUGCAAUGUGUAAUGACGUCUCUAUAUCAAGAUGUAUCUGCACAGGAGUACACUGGUCCCAAGGUGUAAAGCUUUAAGAGUCAUUUAUAUAAAAUGUUUAAUCUCUGCUGAAACUCUGCAAAA